AUCAAUUACCGAUCUCUCCUUUUAUUUUCUCCCCAUGUUUCUUUUCUCUUUCUCUCUUUUUCCCAAGGUUGUCGAUUCAUUAACGGUAAUUCCUGAAAGUGUGUGCGCGCGGGUCUCUCUCUGUAUGCAGCAACCUUCGUGUUCAUCCCAAAUUACGAGGUUAUAGUAUAUAGAUACAUAGCAAUAUGAAUACAUGUUAUUGUAAGACGGAUACUAAUUUUGAAUCCCCAUACUCUCUACCUCUCAGCUCGAUCUGGAGGCAGUGAGUGUGUCGUGGCUGUACUCAGGAAACCUAGCUGCUAGAUCAACACGUCGGAUAGAUAUGAACUUCAUUGAGGCCAUGAGACGAGAAGGCGAUCCCCCCACCACUACCUUCGAUCUCCAAACCCAAACCCUUAAGUUUCCUAUGGACUCCCUCCAACAAUUUAUGGACACUUCUUGUCACUCCGAAAACAAACUUCCCACCACCACCAUCGCCGCCCCAACCGGCGCCGCCACCUCCUCCACCACCGCGAGCAGCAGCAGCCGCUACGAGAACCAAAAGCGCCGCGACUGGAAUACCUUCGGUCAGUACCUCAAGAACCACCGUCCCCCGCUCUCCCUCUCCAGAUGUAGCGGUGCACACGUACUUGAAUUUCUUAGGUACCUGGACCAAUUUGGUAAGACCAAAGUGCACAUACCGAUGUGUCCAUUUUACGGGCACCCGAACCCUCCGGCAUCAUGCCCGUGCCCUCUCCGCCAAGCGUGGGGCAGUCUGGAUGCGCUCAUCGGCCGGCUGCGAGCGGCUUUCGAGGAGAAUGGAGGGAAGCCAGAAGCUAACCCGUUUGGAGCUCGAGCUGUGAGGCUGUACCUGCGUGAAGUUCGCGAUCUGCAGUCAAAGGCAAGAGGUAUUAGCUACGAAAAGAAGAAGCGAAAGCGUCUUCCUCCUCCUCAACAACAGCAUCAGCAUCAGCAGCAACAAAUGUCUAUGUUUCCACCUCCAGGUGCAACUCAUCAUCAGUAAUCAAAUUAAUUUGUUUAAUUCAACCCAAUACUCUGCUGCUUCUUGCUGCUCUCUUUCUCUUAAUUCUUUUUCGUCUU